AGCGCAGUCUUUUAAAGGGGCCCCGCUGAGACUGACGAAGUCAGCCACAGAACCAAUGCACACCUUCAGUGUUGAGGACGGAGACGCAGCGACAAUGUCGUCAACAGCCCAGAAGAACAGAUUCGCAUCCAGCUGGUUCGCUUUGCGCCUCGCUGGCAUGCUGUUGAUUGGCCUGGUGCUGGGAGCUGUGGUGGCCGCGGCCAGCCACUUCUCAUUUGCCAAUGCCAUGGCCGGCAACCGCGACGACGGCAUGCGCCCAUUCACGGAGCCUUCGCCGGCCACGGCAUCCACUACGCUGGCACCGGUGCUCGGUGAUGGCACUGCAGUGGAAUGGUGGUUCGCCUUCAAGCCCACAACGGCAGCGUUUCCACGCUGUUCAAGAAAUGUGAGCUGCAUGUUUGGAGGCGAAGCUAUGGCAUUCGAAAACCCACCCAGGUUCGGCUUGCAAUACAUCUUGGCCUCGCGCGGGCUGGAUGGCACCACCCAGCCAUUGCAGCUGCAUAGCGAUUGCAUUGGCAACGGAGAGGACCCCUUGGCCAAGACCUUUCAGCAGGAUCAGAAAGGAGACACUUUCCUCAAGCUGUCUGCGACCAACUUCACCAUCAAUAGCCUGAUCUGUGGCAAAGCUGCCAGGAAUGCUUCUCUUGCUGGUGGCCCGAAGAUGCAAGAGCUGAAGAAUUUGAGAAAUUCCAAGCUGUCCCACACUCCUGCAGAAGUUCAAGAUGAAGAACCUCCUGCAAAGAGGAGAAGGAGCAUGGAGACAGUUGUGGAGGUGGAUGUACAUGGAACUUUAGUUUCCUUGCUGUGCCCCUCCAAAAGGCCACAGGUGGCAGAUGUGAUGGUGAAGAUGGAUCCACAGAUGCUGUCAGCUGUCUUCAAGUUCCUGUUGCCUGACUGCUUGGAAGAAACUGCCUCCAGAUCUUACAAAAAGAGUGGAGCCUUUGCCAAGGACAAGCAGAAGGAAGACUGA